AGAUGUGGGUCUCCCUUUCUAGGGUUUGUUGUUUUUAGUUUCCUCUCUCUUUUUAAUAUUCGUAAAUCUCAAUUCCGAUGUCCCUACACUCUCUGUAAUCAAUCCCUUCACAGUAGAAACAGAGAUUGGAGGGAGUCAACCUAUACAAACAACGACAAUCCCCCUAUUUUCCACCAGAAAACGACAGCGUUUAACCCAGCUUUGUCCUGCUGAUAAUCUCUGAAAAUCCCUGACCUUCUUGAUUUGUGUUUCGCCAAAUCUUUCUGGGUUUUGAUCAACAUUUUCUGGCCUUUGAUCAAUUUUUUUCUGGGUCUUGUUCGAUUUAGUUGAAUAUGGCAUCGAUUGACAACCAAGGUAUUGAACCAGACGAUCAUGAGGUUACCACCAACGACAACAACAAUACCACCAAGAAGUUUUCUGAUCUGUUACCGGCGGAGCCACCGGAAUUUACUAUCCCGGCGGUUCCUCCGUCGUCGGGGGCUGUUGUUCCCUCUCUGAAGGAAGAGCCCACAGACUCCGAUUUGGAGGGCUCAAUCCCUGUUGGGGUUACUCCAAUGUCUAUGCAAACGCCGUCAAUUGAAAAAUCGAUGGUUGCGCUACCGAAGAGGGCGUCGAAGGACCGCCACACUAAGGUGGAAGGCCGUGGCCGGAGAGUCCGCAUGCCGGCGGCAUGUGCCGCCAGAAUCUUCCAAUUGACCAGAGAGCUCGGCCACAAGUCCGACGGCGAGACCAUCCGGUGGCUCCUCGAGCACGCCGAGCCCGCUAUCAUCGAAGCCACUGGUACGGGGACGGUCCCCGCUAUCGCCGUGUCUGUCAACGGGACGCUAAAGAUCCCGACCACACCCACGACCACAUCGGAAGGAGACAGCUCGAGGAAGAAGAGAAAGCGAGCGUGUAACAGCGAUUUCUACGACGUAAACGAUUCGGUCUCUUCCAAUUUCGCGCCGGUCGCGCCGGUGACGCCGCAAGGUCUCGUGCCGGUGUGGGCCGUUGGCGGUGGCGCGAGGGUUCUUCCGCCGAACGCCAUCCCCGGCGGAGCAUUUUUCAUGAUUCCUCCCGCCGGUGCUGGACCUUCGAAUCAGCCACAGUUAUGGGCAAUUCCGGCCACGGCGACCCCUGCUUUUAAUGUAUCGGCUAGACCCAUAUCAAGUUUUGUAUCGGCAAUGCAACCCGGGAUCAAUUUUGUUGGUGGCGUUGGCGGUGGCGGCGAAGUAGAAGCUCCGGCAGGGUCGGUGUCGAACAGUGGAAGCGGAGAGAAGAGUGAGAAGGUGUCAACUAUGGCUCCAAGCUCAAGCUCUACAACUACUACUACUCAAAUGCUUAAGGAUUUCUCUCUGCAGAUUUAUGAGAAGAAAGAGCUUCAACUUAUGGUUAGUUCUGCAAGUGACCAACCACCAUCCUCAAAACCUUGAAAAUGGACAAAAGGCUAGGGUUUUAGACUAACAUUUUUUCUUUUUCUUUUUUAUCUUGGUUUAUUAGAGAUUCAAAGGCAUUGUUGUCUUUUGAUUUGUCUUUUUUUUUUUUUCUGCUAUCUUAUGUCCCAUUUUCUCUCUCUGUCUUUAUAAAUUGGAUAAGGUUGGAAGAUGACAAAUUCAUUGUGCUUGUGUUGUCCCACAUUUUCUUUUUGUUAAUUAGUAUGCUGUUUGGCCUAUUUUUAGGAAUAGUUGGUAUCAUGUUCAUGCCCUUUUAAAUUGAUUGGCCUUGCC